GGGGCGGAGCAUGCGCGUUACGAGGCAGUCGCGGGGCUGAUGACAUAAAACCCGGGCUCCGGGAACGCCGGCGUGCUGAGGAGGCUAGAGCAUGGCGUCUCGGGGUCGGAGACCCGAGCACAGCGGACCCCCGGAGCUGUUUUACGACCAGAAUGAAGCCCGGAAAUACGUUCGCAACUCACGGAUGAUCGAUGUUCAGACCAAGAUGGCUGGGCGAGCACUGGAGCUCCUUAAUCUGCCGGAGGGUCAGCCCUGCUACCUAUUGGACAUUGGGUGUGGUUCUGGGCUGAGUGGAGAUUAUCUCUCAGAUGAAGGGCACUAUUGGGUGGGCAUUGAUAUCAGCCCUGCCAUGCUGGAUGCAGCCUUGGACCGAGACACGGAAGGAGACCUGCUUUUGGGGGAUAUGGGCCAGGGUAUCCCCUUCAAACCAGGCUCCUUUGAUGGUUGUAUCAGCAUCUCUGCUGUGCAGUGGCUCUGUAAUGCCAACAAGAAGUCCGACAUUCCUGCCAAGCGCCUGUACCGCUUUUUUUCCUCUCUGUAUUCUGUUUUGGCCCGUGGUGCCCGUGCCGUCCUGCAGCUGUACCCUGAGAACUCUGAGCAGUUGGAGCUGAUCACAACCCAGGCCACGAAGGCCGGCUUCACAGGUGGCGUGGUGGUGGACUACCCCAACAGUGCCAAAGCAAAGAAGUUCUACCUCUGUCUGUUUUCUGGGCCUUCAACCUUCCUGCCGAAGGGGUUGAGCGAAAAUCAGGAGGAAGAGGAGGCCACUGAGUCCAUGUUCACUAAUAAGAGGACAGCCUCAGAUGCAGUGGGGAUGCCAUGGUGGGACUGGAACUGGACAUCGCUCUUGAACUGUGCCUGCUUCUGCUGGAGCUAGAGGGUGGGACACUUCUGGGUGUCUGGGCAGCUCAGCUCCCUUAGUCAGCCCGCACAUGCCCUUGCCCCUCGUAGCAGGCUGCCCCCUCCACGCACCUGGGCCCCGUCCCUGCGUGGCUCCCUCCUGGCUCCCCUUCCCUCUCCUGCAUCCUCAUCUCCACUCUCCUGGGUCAUUUGCAUCUGCACACAAUUUAUCCUGUUUCAGAAAAGAUCCUCCCUCAACCCCGGAUCAGCUGCCCACUGUCACCCUGUCUGUCUGCUUCCUGGGAAGCAGAGCGCCUGCUUGCCUCCACCUGCUUCCUAUUCUGCCGACCUAGCAGGCCCUCAGCUUCCCCACUGACCCCAUCUUGCCAGAUCCGCCGCCUCUCAGUCCUGCCCUCUGCUGUCCUCAUCUCAGCUGUGUGCUCAGUGGGGUCUGACACAGGGGCCACUCCCUUCUGGACAUGUUCUUGGCUGUUCAACCUGUCCUGCUUUCCUGCAGCCCCACUGACUGUUCCUGCUCAGUGUGCUGUGGGUUCUCCUGGGUGGUGUGCUGGGCAGCCUGGCCCACUGCUCUCAUCUCUGCCACUUUAAAUGUCAGCCAGGAUUUCAGAGCCCUCAUCACAGCCUUAGCCUCAGUCCACUGCAGGUUUCCCGGCUUCUUAGUCCCCUUGCCUGGACUCACCACCUGCCCGUCAGACUCCCAAGUUCCCCGCCUUCUCAGUCAUUCCUGUCCUUCCUCACGUGUGACAUCCAGUCAGCCCACCCACGAGUCCUGUCAUCCCUCCCUCAACAUGUGCCCCAAAUCUAGCCUAGACUGUUGCUGCCGAGGUUCCCUGAUGUCCAUCUGUCCAUUGAAACUUGAAAACAAAUUUCAACUUGUUUUUUGCCCAGCAGCGACACUGGACCUCUUCUCAAAGGUUCAUCAUCUCCUGUUGAUUCUCUGCCCACUGUCUGUGGUGGCCUUCCUGUCGCCUUCAUUCUCCACCUGUCCCUGCUCUGAGUCAUGUGUUUUGUUUGCGUGGUUAUUAUUUGUAUCCCCAACUAAAAUGAAAUCUUGGUGGGGCUGGUGUCAGAUCGUUGGAUCAACAAUAGCCUCUUGUUAAUAGAAGGAGCUUGGGAUUCUUGAAUGUGUAGUGGAUUAUGUGGUGGCUGAGAGGGAAGCUGUUCCCUGGUUCUGCUGGAUGAAACCAGUCUCAAGGUGAAAACUGAGUGUUUCUGCAGACACCAGACCACUCCUUCUGACCCCUGAGGGGCCCUGUGGUUGUUCCUCUUGGCUGGGUGGGGGGGUUGUCUAUUUGGCAGAGGAGGGUACAGUUGUGUUGACCCCUAUGCCACUUGGUCCUCAUACCUGAGUCUGCUGACCACAUGUCCUUACUAUAAACUUGGGUGAGCUGGAGGACUGGGCACUAUUCCCCAGCUGUUUAAAAGGGGUUGACCCUGCCCUGUCACCGUGUGUGGAGCACAGCGAGUGUGUGCUUCGUGGCUCCCUUGCUCUGCAGGCUCCUGCUCCAUGGCUCAAUGUGGACAGAGGGGCGGCUGCAGCAUUCUAACUUACUGUCACUACUGUUUCAUCACAUUGAGGACAAUUUCAAAUAGGUGGAUUAGGAACAAGUUGAAGGCUUUGUCUAGUGAGGCUGUGCCUCUGCUUCUUCUGCUUCUCCUGUUUGGUCCAUGCUUCCUCAUCCUAACUGACCCCUCCAAACUCCUGAGGCCACGCCCCCUUUUCUCUUGGCCUUUGAGUCACACCCCAGCCACCUGCUCCCUUAUGCCCCCCCAGGCUGUUCCCACUGCUGCUUGUGGCUGCUGCGUGCUGGGUGCUUCGUUAUGGUUUCUGGGACUGAGCUCCUGCACGCACCUGUGCAACAGGAUGGGGGUUCAGUGGGACUUGCUGGCUCUGGCCUCGCUUGCUUCUCAGGACUCUCCUGGGUCUUCUGGGCUCUUCCAGUUGUCUUUCCUCACCCCUGGGUCCCUUGUUCUGGUCCUUCUCUGUGCUCCUUUCUGGUACACCCUGAGCAGCUCUUGGGCCUCCACACUGGCUUUGCCUAGAGAGCAUUGCCUCUGCCCUGGUGUACUCGAGGGUACCUGAAGGGCAAGGCUGGUUCCACAGGCUGUGCUUCAGGUGCUUGGGGAGUGGCAGGCAGCUUUGCCUGUGUUGUGCUGAAAGCAUUGCUGCCAGGCCGGGAUGUAGCUUUAGGGGACCAGCGCAGGCUUCCUCUUGUGGCCUCUCCCCCGUGGUGCUGUGGGGUUCUCGUCUCCUCAGCCAGAGCUGGGGGCCAAGAUUAGUCUUCGAGGUCCUCGUUGGGGCUGCCAGGAGCUGGGUAGUCUUGUUUUCCUACCUCAGACAUGAA